AUGACAACUGGCCCUGACUUUGCCAACUCAGAAUGGUUUUUGCCAUAUUUGAAAACGUCGGAUACGAAGAAAACUGUUGACAAUGGAACUCCUGUUAAAGCCCCUCCAACGCAAUCAUUCUCCGACCGGUACUAUGUCACGCGUUACUUCUGUGACGUGAACGAGGAGCCUGGCAAUGACCUGUGUGUAAUGCAACACUCAAACAAAGUUUGCGUUAUUGGUCUGGCAGCAGGUCAUCAUAUAUUCCGCUACUGUCUACCGCCAACCAAUAAGAAGGCGAAGUUAGAAGACGCUGUCUUUGUAGAGCCCGGAAAAUGUGAAACCCAUGAAAUCCUGUUCGUGGACUUCCAGGUAGGUAUUGCUUGUUCACUACUCAUUUUCAAACAUUUAUUUUAUGCAUCAAGGGAUUACGAUUCAUUUUGUUUCUUCUCUCGUUAG